AUGGAGGGACCCGGCCCCAGCCAGGGCACGACGCUGACCAACGCGGAGCCCUCCAACGCGGUGAAACUGCUGCACCUGCUUCUCCUCUCCACCUUCUGGGGAAUGCAGAUCUGGGUGACCUUCGUGGCGGGGCUGGUGAUGCGCAGCCGCCUCCCCCGCCACACCUACGGCUUCAUCCAGAGAGAGCUCUUCCCCUACUACUUCCACAUCGGCUCCACCUGCGCGUUCCUCAACCUGACCCUAUUUGCCAUGUACCACCCCAGCGAGCUGCUCAGCGAGGAAGAAACUACCCAGAUCAUCGUCUUCUUCGUCUGCGUGGCCGUCUCCGCGCUCAACGCGCAGUGGUUCGGGCAGGCCACCUCCGACAUCGCGGCGGACAUGCACCGCAUCGAGCGCGGCCGCGGCCUGGGGCAGGAGGUCGGGCUGUUCGCCGGCGAGUCCUGCAGGGAGCUGCGCGCCUCCGACCCCAGCUACGGGCAGCUGGCCCGGCAGCUCGCCCUCUACCGCGCCGCGUCCGCCCUCUGCAACCUCUGCUGCAUCGCCUGCAACGGCUUCAGCCUGUACUACCUGGCCGCCCACCUCUCCGCCUUGUGA